CUAUUGAAGGCAUCUGCUCAGAACAAUGAAACUCUUUAGUUAUAUUUUGGUUUAUCGCCGGUUUCUCCUUGUAGUUUUCACUCUGUUGAUUUUACUGCCACUGCCACUUAUACUCCGUACUAAGGAAGCAGAAUGUGCCUAUGUCCUCUUUGUUGUUGCUACAUUUUGGCUUACAGAAGCUUUACCUCUGUCAGUAACAGCAUUGUUGCCUGGCUUAAUUUUCCCAUUGUUUGGAAUCAUGCCUUCUAAGAAUGUGGCAUCUGCUUAUUUCAAGGAUUUUCACCUAUUGCUAAUUGGAGUCAUCUGUUUAGCAACAUCAAUAGAAAAAUGGAAUUUGCACAAAAGGAUUGCUUUGAGAAUGGUGAUGAUGGUGGGUGUGAACCCAGCAUGGCUGACAUUGGGGUUCAUGAGCAGCACUGCCUUCCUAUCUAUGUGGCUCAGCAACACUUCUACUACUGCCAUGGUGAUGCCCAUUGCCGAGGCUGUGGCACAGCAGAUCAUCAGUGCUGAAGCAGAGGUUGAGGCCACACAGAUGACUUACUUCACUGGAGAAAGCAACCAUGGACUAGAAAUUGACGAAAGUGAUAAUGGACAUGAAGCAAAUGAGAGCAAAGAGAAAACAAAAACAGUUCCAAGAUAUAAAAAUGAUGCAGGAAAACUUUCAAGCAAGUUAGAGAUGGAAAAGAAUUCAGGCACAGGAAGCAAAUAUCGUACAAAGAAAGACCACAUGAUGUGUAAGCUGAUAUGCUUGUCCAUUGCUUACUCUUCCACCAUUGGUGGGUUGACCACCAUCACUGGUACCUCCACCAACUUGAUCUUCGCUGAGCACUUCAAUAUGCACUACCCUAAUUGUCGCUGCAUCAACUUCGGAUCAUGGUUUAUGUUUUCCUUCCCAGUUGCUAUUAUUAUUCUACUUGUGUCCUGGAUCUGGCUUCAGUGGCUUUUCCUAGGAUUCAAUUUUAAAGAGAUGUUCAAAUGUGGCAAGGCCAAAACUGUCAAACAAAAAGCUUGUGGUGAAGUGAUUAAACACGAGUACCAAAAACUGGGGCCAAUAAGGUAUCAAGAAAUUGUGACCCUGGUCCUCUUCAUUGUAAUGGCCUUGCUAUGGUUCAGCAGAGAGCCUGGGUUUGUUUCUGGCUGGUCUGCACUUUUUCCAGAGUAUCCUGGCUUUGCUUCAGAUUCAACUGUUGCCUUAGUUGUUGGACUUUUAUUUUUUCUUAUCCCAGCUAAGAUACUGACUAAAACUACAUCUUCUGGAGAAAUUGUUGCUUUUGAUUUUUCUCCAUUGAUUACUUGGAAGGAAUUCCAGUCAUUCAUGCCCUGGGAUAUAGCUAUACUUGUUGGUGGAGGGUUUGCCUUGGCAGAUGGCUGUGAGGCCUCUGGAUUAUCCAAGUGGAUGGCAAAUAAAUUAUCUCCUCUAGGUUCAUUACCGGGUUGGCUAAUCAUUUUGGUAUCUUCUCUGUUGGUCACAUCUUUAACAGAAGUAGCCAGCAAUCCAGCUACCAUUACUCUUCUCCUCCCAAUACUAUCUCCACUGGCUGAAGGCAUUCAUAUGAAUCCUCUUUAUAUUCUAAUACCUUCUACCCUAUGUACUUCAUUUGCAUUCCUCUUACCAGUAUCAAAUCCACCCAAUGCCAUUGUGUUUUCAUAUGGUCAUCUACAAGUUAUUGAUAUGGUAAAAGCUGGACUUGGUGUUAAUAUUGUGGGUGUUGCCGUGGUGAUGCUUGGCAUGUUCACCUGGAUUGUGCCCAUGUUUGACCUCCACACUUAUCCUUCUUGGGCCCCUUCAAUUGGUAAUGGAACCAUGCCAUGAAAAGCACAGAUUUUUUGACUAUCAUAUUGAGAAAUUGAGGAAUCAUGAUGAAUUCACUACGAAAUCUGCAUCUGGGAAAUUGACGACACCUUUAAAUUUGCCCUUCAGUAGCUGCUGUGAUUCUAACGCAUAACCAAAUUUUGCUGUCUUAACUCAGCAUCCACAAUUCCCUUGAGAUACAACCAAAAAGGUUGCAGCUUUUUAUGAAGAAGCCUUCAUCAAAAAGUCACCAUUGAGAAUUUGCUUAUGACCAAUAAGCACUCUGCUUCACCAUAAUAAUAAUGUAUAUGUUAACAUCUAAAGAGAUUUGGCCACUUGCUUCACAUUACUGUUUGAGUUCAGUGUAACAUUUCAAAAGUCAAUACAUUACUUCAUAAACUUCACAUGAAGAUCAAAAUAGAAAACAUUUUUAUAAUGUAUUUGGAUAAGUCAUUUUAAUUGUGUUGUCUGAGGGAAUUAUCUAAAAUGUUAAAACUGUUAUCACCUAGUGGUAUAGUGGAAAAUGGAAUAUAAACAAAAUGUGUAUUCCCUCAUUGUGAAUGUACCAAUACAAUUAUGCUUCAUAUAUACAUAUUUGCAAACAUUGAAAUUGAGCUAGUAGUUCUAAAAUUAUACCUAAGUCUGCUAAUGAGUAGACGACUCAUAGGUAAGAAUUACUUUCUAUUUGACUAUUGUCUAUAUUAACAUGAGCCCCCUACACAAAAAUAUGCUUUAUAGACAAUAGAUGUAGGUUAUUAUAACUUGCACUAUUAAUACAGCAUAGUAAAGAAAACUAGAUGUUAUAAAACUAUGAA